CGCAAGUAGCAAACCAAAACAAAUGAAAAUAGUGUUUUGAUACUAUUUAUUCUCUUCAACAUCUAUGUAAUAUAAUUCUAAAGAAUCGGUUUAUUAUAACAAUUUAUCCCAAUCAUGAAUUAUUUCUAUAAAUUUGUUCGCAGUGCAGUGUUGCCAUCUAUCUCAAAAAGAACUUUCUAUAACAUGACAUGUAAAAGAACUUAUUCAGAUACUGCUGCAUCUGUCGAAGAAAAAAUUAGUCUUACUACACCAGCAUUUGUGAAAUUACCUCCCAGAACAGGAAAGUUCAAUAAACAAAAGUUCGAUUACUUUUUAGUACUAGACUUUGAAGCAACAUGUGAUUCACCGAAGACUCUUGUACCGCAGGAAGUAAUAGAAUUUCCUGUUCUAAAAAUUAAUAGUGGAACAUUUGAAACAGAAUCAAUGUUUCAUUCAUAUGUUAAGCCUGUUAUUCAUCCAGAACUUACAAAAUUUUGCACACAAUUAACAGGUAUUACACAAGAAAUGGUAGAUAACCAGCCUAUAUUUGAAGAUGUAUUUGAGAAAUUUCAGAGGUGGAUGCAAGAAGAGAAACUCUUAGAUAAGAAUACUAAGAUAGCUUUUGUUACUGUUGGUGACUGGGAUUUGAAGUAUUUAUUUCCAAUCCAGUGCAAAGGCUUAAGAAUACCAGUUGCUGAUUAUAUGAGGAGUUGGAUCAAUUUAAAAGUGAGUUUUGCAGAGAUGACAACAGUUUAUCCUAGAAAUAUGAUAACAAUGAUGAAAUAUUGCCAACUAGAGCAUGAAGGCAGACUUCAUUCUGGUUUGGAUGACUGCAAAAAUAUAGCGAGAGUUUUGAGAGAUUUGGCCGAAAGAGGACUCGUCUAUGAACUAAAUGGUGGUCUUGUCAAACGUGGUUAACAAGUGCUUAACUAAUAUAUAAUUUAAGUGUAAAUAAAAUAAAAAAUUGUUUUUAUUUA